CCUUCACACCCAUCAAGACCCGUUCUCUCUCUACAGUUGCUCUCUCGCUCUCUCUAUCUCUCUGAACUUACGCACACACCCCCCAGGAAAAAGGACGAAAUCUGCAAUCUUUCAGCCUCAGAGGGAGCAAAAUCCCCUCGAAGGGAAGGUUUCUUUUUAUUCCGACUUCUCGUGGGUGUUCUCUGUUUUGCCUGGAGAAGGAGACGGAGAAGAAAUCGAGGAAACAUGGGGGUGGAGAAGGACGAUCUGGGCUUGUCUCUGAGCUUGAGCUACCCUCACAGCAGUCAGGCUUCCCAGCUCGGGCUCUCCCCUUUCGGCUUCAGCCUCCACAAGCACUCUCAGCGCGAGCGCGAGACCUUCGCUUCGUUAGAUCGGAUCUCGGAGGCGGAGGCGCGGCCGUUCCUGCGGGGCAUCGACGUGAACCGUCCGCCGCCGUCGACGGCGGACUGCGAGGAGCAGGAGGAGGCGGGGGCGUCGUCGCCGAACAGCACGAUCUCGAGCGUCAGCGGGAAGAGGGGCGAGAGGGAGAUGGUCAGCGGGGGCGAGGACAAUGAGGCGGAGAGGGACUGUAGCCGCGGCGGCGGAGGCAGCGACGAGGAGGACGGGGAGAACUCGAGGAAGAAGCUGAGGCUGUCCAAGGAUCAGUCGGCCGUCUUGGAGGAGAGCUUCCGAGAGCACAACACUCUCAAUCCCAAGCAAAAGCUGGCGUUGGCUAAGCAGCUAGGCCUGCGACCCAGACAAGUUGAAGUCUGGUUUCAGAACCGCAGAGCACGGACCAAGUUGAAGCAGACGGAGAUAGACUGCGAGUUCCUGAAGAGGUGCUGCGAGAACCUGACGGAGGAGAACCGGCGGCUGCAGAAGGAGGUCCAGGAGCUGCGCGCCCUCAAGCUCUCCCCUCAGUUCUACAUGCGCAUGCCCCCUCCCACCACCCUCACCAUGUGCCCCUCCUGCGAGCGCCUCGGGCCGCCGCCCAUCUCUUCCUCCGCCGCCGGCGGCUCCAGGCCCUCCGACCACCACCGGGAGCCCGUGCCUAUGAUCCCAUGGGCCGCGCGGGCCGGCCCAGGACGCGAGAUCCGGGGAGGGCGGUAGCCGAGGAGGACAUUUUUAGGUCGACUCGAGAAGAUGUCCUCAAGCCUUUUUAGGAGAUGGCAGUUAUGGCGAUGAGCCUAGAAGUAUGUGAAGAACGGUAAAAAAACAUGGGACCGACCGACCGACCGAGCAAACUCGAAAGAUAUGGUGGUUGGGAUUGGGAUAUGGUGGGGUCUUCAUGUGAUGUUUUGUGGUAUACUUGACCCUCUCUCUCUCCUUUAAA